AAGGCUGAACCAGUUGUAGAAUCCAAGGAAGACGAAGAAGACGUUACCGAAGACACAACUGUUGCAACCGAAGAAGAUGAAACUACUAAUGAACCAACCGAAGAAGCCGAGGAGGAAGAGGAAACCGAACCAAGUGCCCCUGAAUUCACAAUUUCUCAAUUCUUGGACAGAUUAAAGACUGCCACUGGAAUCGACGAUAUAUUUGCCACCAAAUAUCCAGAAGACAUCUCUGGAGUUGAUUCAUCCAAGAAGAUUCCUGGUAAGAAGUAUAGAUAUGACCCCCAAUUUUUAAUUCAAUUCCAAAAGGUUAUUCAAUAUCCAAUUGAUCCAGAAUUUAAAGCUCAAUUAGAAGCCGUUGAUAUCCAUCCAAACGCUGCCAGACGUUCUGUGUCCAUGGCCGGCGGUCCAGGUGGUGCCCGUAACAUGGGUAAAUACCAAAACAAUGGAUUACCAUCAAGAUUUGCUGGUGGUAGCAAUAGACCAGGUGGUGGAUUUGAUGGUGGUAGACAAAACUCAAGAAGCGGUUCCAAGAGAAGAGGCGCUUCCUCGAGAGAUAAAUCUACCAGAAAGGGUAACCAAUCCAAGAGAGGUGGUAGAGAUAUGCGCGAAAAGACUGAAGAAGAAUUGGCCAAGGAAGCCAAGCCACCAGCCGAAGAUGUCAAACCAUUGGAAAAAUCCGCUAAUAGAUGGAUUCCAAAAUCUAGAUUGGCACAAAAGGCCGAAGUUAAGUUGGCUCCUGAUGGAAGUGAAAUCUUGUCUACUGAAGAUAUUGAAAGAAAGACUAAAUCCUUAUUAAAUAAAUUAACACUUGAAAUGUUUCAAGAAAUCACUGAUGAAAUCUUGCAACUUUCUACCCAAGCCAAAUGGGAACCUGAUGCCGCUACUAUUAAGCAAAUAAUACAGUUGACAUUUGCCAAGGCUUGUGAUGAACCAUAUUGGUCAGAAAUGUAUGCUAGUUUCUGUGCCAAGAUAUGUACUGAUAUAAAUCCAGAAAUUAAAGAUGAAAAUAUGAUUGUUAGAGGUGAAGUUGUCUCUGGUGGUGAUUUGGCCAGAAGAGUAUUAUUAAACACAUGUCAAUCCGAAUAUGAAAAGGGUUGGAGUGAUAAAUUACCAACCAACCCUGAUGGAACUCCAUUGGAACCAGAAAUGAUGUCGGAUGAAUAUUAUGCCAUGGCUGCUGCCAAGAGAAGAGGUCUUGGUUUAGUCAAGUUCAUUGGUCACUUGUUCAACUUAAAUGUGUUGAAUGAUAGAAUUAUCGGUGCUUGUUUGAUGAAACAAUCUCAAAAUGUCGUUGACCCCUCGGAAGAAACCUUGGAAAGUUUGGCUCAAUUGGUCAAGACUGUGGGUCCAAAGAUUGACACUAGUGGUAACCCAGGUACUAAAGCCGCAUUAAGACUUGUGUUUGAAAGAAUUGGUGAAAUUUUGAAUAACGAAGAGCUUAAAUUGCCCUCAAGAAUCAAGUUUAUGUUGAUGGAUUUACAAGAUUUACGAGAUGCCAACUGGAGUUCUGCCAAGAGUGAUGCUGGACCAAAGACUAUUGAACAAAUCCAUAGAGACGCUGAAAUCAAGAGAUUACAAGAACAACGAGCAAGUAUUGAAAGAAGACAAAAGAAGUCAUACGACUCGGGAAGAUCCAACUCGUCCAGAUCGGGAUCGGCUUGGAACAAUAAUAAUAACAACAACAACGCAUCAUCAGGUUCAUCCAAUAAUUUCUUGAACAAUUUAAAGAAAUCACCUUCAUACGUUAACCAAAGGUCACCAUCCAGUGGGCCAAGCUCCUCAGACCUCCAAAGAGAAGCCUCCAAGAGAUCUGAAUCGACUCAUGUUAAUAGAUUUGCUGCAUUGGGCGACGGAGAAGAUGAUGAUAACGAAUAGAUUAAGAGAGGGAGAGCAUUGAAGUUGAGUGAGAACCAAAUCACGAUUUAAUUUUUGCAUAUCUUUAAAUUCUGUAAUAUAGCAGUAGGUUAUUACUUCUAUUUUUUUAUCCAAAUUUAAAUAUAUUAACUCUAUUAUUGAAAUACAUAGUUUAUAAAAGCUGGCCCGAGCUUCUAUUCUGCAACUUCUGUCUGACUUGGUCUUCUAAAUGGGUUGUAAAAUCGAAGUCUCUGAAGCAUAUUGCCAACAUCCAUGGAUUGAUAUAUUAAAUUAAACGGAUCAACGUCGUUUGCCAGCUCGGGCAAAUCAAGCAAUUCUCGUGAUAUUUGAAUUUGAUCAUGAUCAUCAUCCAGAAUUUCCUCUAGUCUAACUUGUUCUAUAGCCUGAUCGUACAAUUGUUCUCGGUCCCUAUCCAGAUCGCUAACUUCUAAGAAUAUGUGUAUUCCACCCCGUUUAGAAAAUGAUUGCAUUUCCAAAUUGUAUAAGAGAUUCAGAUCAUACCGCCAGAAAACUCGAUGAAGAGUGUAUGUCCUGAUUAUUCCAUUGGAAUUGAAUCUAACAUCCAUUUGUUUAGUGUUAUUUUUUGUUGCUGUUAUUUGGUAAAUCAAUCUGACUAAUGCAAAGGGAAGGACCAUAAUUAAUUCUAGUACAAUCAAGGCCAAAUUGAGUAAGAAUUUGUGGGCAUGGAUUAGGGAAUUUCUCACUUGGAAAAUAAACAAGAUGUCAUAAAUGAGUAAAUAUGUAGUGAGAUUCAACCAGAAAUCGACAGCUAUUCUUCGUGUAACCUUGAGGAAUCCAUCUGCUUUCUUCUGAGUGUGGUUGUCUGCCAUUUUGCUAGACGGCGGCUAAUGAAGUAGGAGAAAUAUAUGGUUGCAAAAAUAAAACUAGCGACAGUUUUUUCAAGCGCUAUAACCUAUGCAGGAGUACCAAUGUCCAAGUCCUGUUCUUCAACGUAUGUAACAGAAAUUCCUGGAUUUUGGUCAAUGUCGUCUUCGUCGAAUAUUGGCCGAUGUUCUAGGCCUUCAAUUUCAUCUUGGUUGAAUGAUAUAAUUAUGUUGUUGAGCAAUUCAGGGACAUCGUCGUCGUCGUU